ACAAAUAUUCUCUCUCUCAAAAAGCAUCAAUCUCUCUCGUUUCUCUCUUUAUCUAGACUGCCACUCUCUAGCUUUUUUAAAACAAAAUCAACAAAAUCUUGAUUGAUUGAAGCUAAAAAUUUUAUAUUUAAAAAAUGUUUUUGCUUGAUUGGUUUUAUGGGGUGCUAGCAUCACUUGGUUUAUGGCAAAAAGAAGCUAAGAUCUUGUUUUUAGGCCUUGAUAAUGCUGGCAAAACCACAUUGCUUCACAUGUUAAAAGACGAGAGAUUGGUGCAACAUCAGCCAACGCAGUAUCCAACAUCAGAGGAAUUGAGUAUAGGCAAAAUCAAGUUCAAGGCUUUUGAUUUGGGUGGCCAUCAGAUUGCCCGUCGAGUUUGGAAAGAUUACUAUGCCAAGGUGGAUGCUGUUGUUUACCUGGUAGAUGCUUAUGACAAAGAGAGAUUUGCGGAGUCCAAGAAAGAAUUGGAUGCUCUCCUCUCUGAUGAAGCAUUAGCCAAUGUCCCCUUUCUUGUUUUGGGCAACAAGAUUGAUAUCCCAGAUGCUGCCUCAGAAGAUGAGUUGCGUUUCUACCUGGGUCUUACCAACUUCACCACCGGCAAGGGUAAGGUGAACUUGGUAGACUCAAAUGUCCGUCCCCUCGAGGUGUUCAUGUGUAGCAUUGUCCGCAAAAUGGGCUAUGGAGAGGGUUUCAGGUGGCUUUCUCAGUAUAUCAAGUAGCAAUCUACAGGAAAUUAAGAUCCGUCUAGUUCUUAAGCUCUCUGAUGUCUCAUACUGUAUCCAAUGGACAUCAUCGUUGUAUAAUAACGUUUGAAGGUAUUUUCACGUUGUUUGGCCUUCGUUUUGGGUAAAAUGGCACACAUGCUACCUCAUGUGCAUAAUGAAAAAACCUAGAAGUGAUUGAUGAUUUGUUGUUUGUUAUGAGCAAUGAAAAUGGGCAUUACUUCUUGUUC